AUGCCCUUUGUUGCCUGCGGCUGCUUCUGUGGAGCGCGAGAGCUGGAACUGCUGUUCUUCAACCGACGUCUUUGGGUAAAGCUGAAAGAUCAACCUGCGAUCCGGCCCGACGUGCGGGACAUCGCAAACAACUCAGAAGACUCGAACAGCAUCGCCAACACAGAGGACUCGGCGGAGGCCGCAAAGGUUGUUAACGCUGACCUUCUCAGCGACUGCCCAGGCUGGAGGAGGCUCCGCCGCACGUUUCCGAACGCGCCCCUUGGGGAGUUGGCGCGGUUUACUCUCGGCUGGCCAUCGGCAGAUGCUGCUAUCCGCAACUAUCACGGAUAUCUCCUGUGGCGACAGGGCGACGGCGACGCAGGGUCUUUAGCCAAGGCUCGCAGGACCAUUCCGGUGGAGUGGCUCUCGAGGGGAGGGAAGGCCAAGGACGGCUCGGACGUGCUCUUCCUGCAGGUUGCCCGGACGGACUGCAACAUCGCCCCAGAGAUGUACUUCAAGGCCCUUUGCUCCUUCCUGGACGAGCUGCUGCCACGCGAGGAUUCCUCCGACUUUAAGCGGAUCACUGUGGUCAUGGACACACGUGGAGGAGAAGGCUGGCUCAACCCCCCGGCCACGCACCUCUUGCCCUUGCUGCGGGUCUGCACUCGCCUCCUGCCACCGAACUAUCCGGGCUCACUUCAGCGCAUCGUGAUCUACCCGGUGCCGGUUGCCCUGAAGUUCUUUGUGAGCCUGUGCCUAGCUCUCAUCGACCCCAACACCCGCAGCCGGUGUGUGUUGAUCAGCGAGAAGCAAGAGGGAGGUGUUGAGAAGGCGCUUCACGAGUACAUCAGCAAAGAGAGCUUGCCAGAACAUGCCUGGCCUCGUCAUAUUGGCCUGUGA